CAGAGGCACUGAGAAGGCUUUUGACCCUGAGAUACGUUAAGAUGAAGACUGUCAGCAUGAAGAUUGUUGUUCUACUUGGAUUUGUGAUGCUUCUCUCUAUUGCUUUGGCUGAGCAUGAGCAUGGCCAUCAGCAUGUCAUUGAGAAGCGCUCUUCAAGUGAAGAGCGUGUCCGUGGCCCUGGCCCUGGCCGUGGCUUUCCAAACUUUCUCCAGCAGUACAACUACCUUCUGCUUCUGCAAAGACUUGGUCUUGUCCCAGCCCCUGCAGCACCAGCCCCAGCUCCAGCUCCAGCCCCAGCCCCAGCUCCAGCUCCAGCCCCAGCUCCAGCCCCGGCCCCAAGUUAG